CUCUUCCUCGCUCACUCCUAGUUGCUCUCCUUUCGCCGCAGUGCUUUCUCUUCGGUUCACGAGUAUCAUGUCAACCCUUCACUGAAACUUUGAAACGUGAUGCGUAACGGUGUGUCUACUCGGUACUGUACAUACAAACUGGAAUCGACGCUGGCUGCCACAAGCCACAUGUCCUCAUCAUCGUUGCACCUAGUCGUCACUUGGUCUGCCCAUCAUUGCGUCGUUAAAAGCGCUCAGUCCCCCUACACUGGGCUUUCCUAUUGCCCUCUUCGCUAAGAUAACUCCACGACCCCUUUGCGGAGUCAUCCUCAAGCCCGCUCUUCCGCCUUUCGUCAUACCCGCGAUCGAAAUGUCUACAAAUCAUGAUGCCAUUCCGGAGACUCCUCGUGUGAUCUCCCCUUCACCCACCCCGUCAGAUCCGAGGUCGAGCUCGCGAGACUAUUUUGGACCCACCACUCGCUCUGCUGCGCGUCGACAACGACUGGGGGACGUGAAGGAGGACCUUAAUGACGACGCGGAUGCGACUUUGAAGCGCUCUCGGGCUCGUUCGCGGAGCCCUCCCAGCCCUGAAUCAGCACGGAAACGCAAGCGCAAGUCUAAUCCUAAAUUACCGACUGCUGGCAAAGCCAAGUCAUCCACUACAAACGGUCACACCACACCGAACAAUGGGUAUUUGUCGCCAUUAAUCAAGCCCGGUGGGGCUUGGGAUACCAUUUCUCGGUCACCCUCUCCUCUCGGACUUAUCCCUCUUCACAGUCGAUAUCGCAGCUUCAUUCACCGACAUGAAAUCCCGCGCAAGCUUUUACACGUCUCCAUUGGCUUCCUCACGCUACACCUGUAUACCCGAGGCAUCCAGCCGCUUCAAAUCACUCCGUGGCUUUUUGGCGCUCUCGUUCCGAUAGCUUCUGUUGAUAUCAUCCGUCAUCGUUCGGAGACAGUCAACAAGCUUUACAUUCGCUGUGUGGGCGCACUGAUGCGCGAGACAGAGGUUUCCGGGUACAAUGGUGUUAUCUGGUACCUGCUGGGCGCAUAUGCCGUCUUGCGCUUCCUUCCGAAGGAUGUUGGUGUCAUGAGCGUGCUGCUACUUAGCUGGUGUGACACUGCUGCCUCUACUUUCGGCCGUCUCUAUGGCCGACAUACCCCUCAGCUCCGCAAAGGCAAGAGCUUGGCGGGAACACUGAGUGCCUGGCUUGUCGGUGUCAUCACUGCUGCCGCGUUCUGGGGCUUUUUCGUCCCCUAUAUCGGAACCUUUCCCAACGAUCCCGAGGGCUCUUUCAUGUACACCGGACGCCUUAAUCUAAUACCUGGUCCUGUCAAGAAUCUCCUCGGCUGGACUGCAGACACUUCCAGUGCCGUACUGUCGGGCCCCCUGGCGCUCGGAGUUAUGAGCGUUGUCUCGGGUCUGGUGGCAGCUGGCAGCGAGUUCAUUGACUUGUUUGGCUGGGAUGACAACUUGACAAUUCCUGUUCUUAGCGGUGUUGGCCUGUGGGGCUUCCUGAAGAUGUUCGGUUAAGACAAUUAGAUUUCAAGUUCCCAGUCCAUUUGGCGUUGGCUGUAUUACUCCUUCCCUGUUUACUAUUCUUACUAUAUUCGUGAGAGUCUCCCACUCCAUGACCCUCCGUUCCCCUGUUCUUAUGAUGCGCAGAUAUCUACGCAUCUUUACCUGCUGUUCUUAUCAUCACACCUCGCUAAAUACCCUACAUACUCUUAUUAUUCUCCUAUGUUCCAUUCCAGCAGUAAUUUCACCCAUGAACAUAGCAGCCAUGGAACAAGAACUGACCGAUAUGGAUUGGACUGCUUCGUGAUGGAUAGAUCUUGGACUUUGUGAUACCUCAAAUCCAUAUUCAUCAACCUCUUAA